AUGGCACGCUUGGGAGACGAGCGCGUUCCGCCAGGUGCCUCACCCGGCUGCCUCUCGCACCCGCCAAGUCGCAUCAACUCCGCUCUGGGGGACUCCUGCUCCAGAAGGGUUCUCUGUCUCCAGCGCUGCGGCGAGGUCCGACCUUCAAUAUCCGUACAUUCCCCACAAAAAAGCACUAAAAAUCAUGCCUUGCUGGAGGCUGCAGGACCAAGUCAUGUCGCAAUCAAUGCCAUUUCUGCCAACAUGGACUCCUUUUCAAGUAGCAGGACAGCAACACUUAAGAAGCAGCCAAGUCAUAUGGAGGCUGCUCAUUUUGGGGACCUGGGCAGAUCUUGUCUGGACUAUCAGACUCAAGAGACCAAAUCAAGUCUUUCAAAAACCCUUGAACAAGUCUUACAUGACACUGUUGUCCUCCCAUAUUUCAUUCAAUUCAUGGAACUUCGGAGAAUGGAGCAUUUGGUUAAAUUUUGGCUAGAGGCUGAAAGUUUUCACUCUACAACUUGGUCCCGAAUAAGAGCACACAGUCUAAACACAGUGAAGCAGAGUUCACUGGCUGAGCCUGUCUCUCCAUCUAAAAAGCACCAGACUACAGCAUCUUUUAUAACUGAGUCUCUUGAUAAGAGGUUGAAGGAUUCUAACUCUACCCAAUUGCUUAUGACUCAAUCAGAUGGACUUGAACUGAAUAAUAGAACUAGCAACACUCAGAAUCACUUACUGCUUUCCCAGGAAUGUGACAGUGCCCAUUCUCUUCUUGAAAUGGCCAGAGCAGGAGCUCAUCAAGUUUCCCUGGAUACCCAAGAAUCCUCUUCCAAACUUACAGUAGCCAGUAGAAAUAUUCCCUCUUCUCCACUGAAAGAUUUAUCAGGAAAACUAAUGAAAA